AGCUCCUGCGGGCAGCGCCGGGGCAGCGGGCCGAAGCUUUUUACAGCUAUUUGGAUAACAAAAUGAAACCUGCCAAGCUGCACAAUUGGAUUUUGGGUUGGUUUUUCAUGGCACUAUGUUGUUGGUGUACUUCAGAUACUUUUACUCAAAGUGACAUCCACCCUCAUGCCUGGAAAAAGCUGUACUUUGCUCAUCAUUGGCCAGUGACUGUAUGUAAGAUGAAUGCUAAUGAUUGUCAUGACCCUCCAAAGUACUGGACAAUCCAUGGAUUGUGGCCUGACAGAGCUGAAGACUGUAACAGAACAUGGCAUUUCAAUGUCACCGAGAUCAAGGAUCUUUUGUCAGACAUGAGACACUACUGGCCUGAUGUGCUUCAUUCAUCUCUGAAUCGCACUCAGUUCUGGAAACAUGAGUGGGACAAACAUGGCACUUGUGCAGCCACACUUGAGGUCCUUAAUUCUCAGAAAAAAUACUUUGGUAAAGCCAUAGAACUCUACCAGCAUGUUGAUCUCAAUGGUUGUCUCUUGAAAGCUGGGAUAAAGCCAAGCAGUUCAUAUUACAAGAUGACUGCUAUAAAGGAAGCUCUUACAAGAUUUUAUGGUGUAACACCAAAGAUCCAAUGCCUUCCUCCAGAAGAGGGUGAAAAUGCACAAACAAUUGGCCAGAUUGAAUUCUGCUUCACCAAAGAGCUGCAGCUGGUGAACUGCACAACGCGGGAGGGUGGAUCCAACGCAGUGCACGCUCACUUGAAGCUUGGAACUUCAGAGCUGUCAGUCUGCAAUGAUACUCUCCCAACCUAUUACCCUUCAGAGGUCCAAAUUCACAAAUGAAGCCAUGGGAGUUUGAAAAACUUUUUCAACAGCAACAAAACCCACACUCAUGUAACAUUACGAGCCCCUGUCCACAGACCUAUAGUGAAGAUUUCUGCUAGAAAAGAGAGUUAUUUUGCUAUUAAAGAAGAGUGGUCCACAUUAUGAGAUCAGCAUCUGAUCUACAGCAUGGUCUGGAUUUUUUGGCUUGCUUAUGGUUUGAAUCAAUGUUCAAAAGAGAACUGUGACUUCUGUUUGUCAGGCAGUUGUCUGCCACUUUAUCUGCUUUCUGGUUUUUACCAGUGAGUCAGGGAACUUAAUUCUUUGUAUUGAAAGGAUGAUUGUCUCUCUGAGAUGAGGUGGCAGUUUCUUGAGAGGGAAAUAUUGUAAACAGAACUCUUGAAACCUGUCUGGAGGUCCAUUCCCAGAAGUAAUAGCCACUGCCUUGCAUAAUUGCUCUCCAGAAGUGCAGAACAGAGAUCAUGUCCUCUGAGGUGUUGAACCUUUCUUUGCUGAUAGAUCACAGUGGACCAAAGACAACUUUGCAUAACUUCUUAAUGAAGUAAUAAUGUUCUCCAAGUUUGGGCUUUUCUACCUUAAAGAUCUCAGGGAAACUGUAUUUGUAGCCUUACCUGUUCUUUGAGUAUUUUCAUGACAAUAACUCUGUACAGACUUGGGGAACAACCAAUUCUACAACUUACAUAUUAGUACAGGAGAAUGUUAGGCCCUAGAAAUACGUUGUUAUUAAUUUUGUGUUUGAGCAUUCAGCAUUACUACUUGUGAGUGCCUGCACUUGUAUAUAAAAACAAGAUUUUCACAUUAUUGCUUUGUUCCAAGAAACAUCUUUUUAUAGAUGAAACAAUAAAUACUGCCAGAUUUUCAGUAAAAAGUACAGAUAUUGGCAAAAGUGCUUUUCUACCCCAUAAUGAUGAGUAACAUGCCAUGAAGAUGGAUGUUUCUAAAGGGAACCAAAUUUUGAUGAUGUCUUCCCCGAAGUGCUGUGUUGAUCUGUGUGUCCCAAAUAAAGACAAUUAUGGCUCAAGGAA